AAUAAUAAUAUACCAAAAGAAAAUUUCUUCAACAAAAAGGAUUUAUUUCAACAACUUAUUACAAGAAAAUUACUUAAAGUUCCUUCCAUAUAUGAAUUAAAAAGAUUCCUUUUGACUCCAUUACCAAUGAGAGUAUUUGUUCCAUCAUUUUGUCUUUUAAAUAAUCAAGAAAAUUCCAAUAUAUAUUCAUAUGUCAUACCUCAAGAACAAUGUUUUAGAGAAUUUGGAAAUAUUAUUCCAUCUUCACCUAUUUCAUUGCCAUUUAUUAAUGCUUUGACAUAUCCAUAUAAUUCCAAUUCAACUUGUCAAGAAAAUAAUUUAAUUUGUUAUAAUUUAAUUAUUGAUGCAUUAAUUCAAGGAACUUUAAGUUGUUUACAAUCUCAAAAAUCACAAUGGAUUUAUAUGGCACGUAAUUUUAUUCAAUCAAAGGAAGAUCUUUUAAGACCUGAUUGGAUGUGUUGGAUUAAUGAUCAUUUAAUAAUUCAUGGUAUUGAAUUACCCGAAAAUAUUGAAUGGAAUGUUGGUAUUCAAAAUAUUAUUGAAAAAACUCAUUGGAAAGAUAUUUAUUAUUCAAAUUUACCUUUUAAAUUUGUUUAUAUAUCAAAAGGUCCAAUUUUAAGAUGGAUCUUGGAUAGAUUAAGAAUGAUUCGUACUGUUAUUAAUAUUUAUAAUGUUUUGGAUUCAAUAAAACGUAAUUGGGUACAAUUUAAGAUAAAAAAAUCCACUCAUCCUUUAUAUUUAACAAUAAAUCGUGAUGGUGGAACGACUAUAGAAUUUAUGGGAAAUUUGGUAAAAAAAUCUUUAUCAACACAAAAAAUGAAAGAAAAUUUUAAUUAUGAUACUAUAAGAAAAAUUUAUUUGGAAACUUCUCAUAUUAAAAAUUUAAUUCAUUGUAUUGAUUUAGAAGGUAAUCUUAGUUAUCCAAUUUUAACUAAAGAUGGUUCUUGUAAAAUUUUUUUACAUCCUGUAGGAUAUUAUUAUUAUCCAAAGAAUGAAUUGGAAGUUAAAUCAAUGAUAAAAACUAUUUUACAAGUUCUUAAAGAAAUGCAUCAAGUUAAUUGGACUCAUAGAGAUAUUUAUUGGGGAAAUAUUUUAAGACAAGAUAAUGGUGAUUGGUUAAUAAUUGAUUUAGAAUUAGGAGGUCCUGUUAAUGAAAUUUUACAAUUUUCUCUUUGGAAUAGAUGGCCUGAACAAGCUGUUAUUGGUAAACCAUAUCUCGCUUGUUAUGAUAUUUAUCAAGUUGGAACUCUUAUGGAUGAAUUAAAAGGUACAGAUCAAUAUUUUAAUAAUUAUUCUAAAAGUUUUAUUCAAUUUAAAAAUCUAUUACUUGAAUCUGCAAAAGAUGAUAAUUUCACCGCGGAAAUGGCAUUAAGACAUGAAUGGUUAAGUGAAGUCAUCACAUGUUCACAUGAUUAG